AUGCCUGCGAUACGCCACGCUCGAGUUCUCGACGGCGCCACGCUCGACGCCGCCGGCUUCCAGCCGCGUUCCGCUCCCGCCGCCGACUCGCUUCCUGCCAACUCAUACGACCGUCUCAUCCCGCGCCAGGGCUCCGAUUCGAGCGGCGGUUACAUUCCUCUCUCGUACCAGGGUCUCAAUUCCGGUCCCGCCCCGGGGACCGUGGCUGGAAUCGUCUUGGGCUCCGUCGCCGGCUUCUUGCUCAUCGCCUGGCUGCUUCUUACGGUUGCCAACCUCGGGGGCCGCAGCGCCAUCGCUGGCGAAGAGGAGAUAGUCGUGCGCGAACGCCCGCCUCGCUCCCCGCGCUCCCGCCGCAGUCGCCGCAACUCCAGGCAUGAGAUUCGCGAAGUCAGCAGGAGUCCGCGCCCACACCACAUAAUCGUUGAAGAACACCGUACAAGUGUUCCGCCACCCCCGCCCUCGCAGCCGCGUCCGCGCAGUCGCUCCGUGCUGGUCGAGGAGAGAAUCAGCGCUGAGCGGAGAGUCGAUGGCGACGACAUUGUGGAGGUCAUUGAGGAGCACAGCCCACCCAGACGCCAUCGGAGCAGGCGGGACUCGGGUGGAUACAGGAGAUCGCUUUACGGAUGA